UCCAAUGCGCUCUACUCUGUCUCUCUCUCCACCACCAAGGCUCCAAGAGAGAAGCAGAGAGAGAGGGAGUGGAGUGGAGCACAGAAACAACAAGAGCAUCGAGGAGGAGGGUUUUGAGGAGCAGAGCCCGAUGCAUUGAUGCAAGCACCCCAUUCAUCAUCCACCUCCUCCUGCAACAAGCAAGCAAGCAGCAGGACACAAGCAAACACCUUUGAGGGUUUUGAGGAGGAGAGAGAAACGAGAGAGAGAGAGAGAGAGCUGCAUUGAAUCCAAUCUUCCAUCCUCCAUAGAGAUCAUCGCCACUCUCAGGACAGCAAGCAAGCAAACCUUGCUUGGUGCAUUGUGCACUGCCCGAGCCCCAAACACCGCGCAGUUUUUGAUGCGGCAGCCGUUGCCAUUGCCAUCGCCAAGCCCCAUGCGCCGCCGCCACCUCCUCCCCUUCCUCUUACUCCACCUCCUCUUCACCGCCUCCUCUACUUCUGCUGCGAGCUCAGCAGAGGAGGUGGCUUUUCUGACGGCGUGGAUCGACACCACGGUGGCGCGGCCGCCGGACUGGUCGCCGGCGGCGGCGUCCCCGUGCAAAUGGUCGCACGUCGCUUGCGACGGCGCCGCCGGCGGGGGCGUCACGUCCAUUAGCUUCCAGUCGGUGCACCUAGCGGUGACGGUCCCCGCGGGCCUCUGCGCCGCGCUACCCGGGUUGGUGUCGUUUGUGGUCUCUGACGCCAAUCUGACUGGCGGCGUCCCCGACGACCUGUGGCGGUGCCGCCGCCUCGCCGUGUUGGACCUCAGCGGGAACGCGCUCACCGGGCCCGUCCCGCCGUCGCUCGGCAACGCGACGGCGCUGGAGACGCUGGUGCUCAACUCCAACCAGCUGUCAGGUCCCAUCCCGCCGGAGCUCGCCGGCCUCGCGCCGUCGCUCAAGAACCUGCUUCUGUUCGACAAUCGCCUCUCCGGCGAGCUCCCGCCGUCGCUCGGAGAGCUGCGGCUGCUCGAGUCGCUGCGCGCCGGCGGCAACCGCGAUCUAUCGGGACCGAUACCGGACUCCUUCUCCAAGCUCUCCAACCUCGUCGUGCUCGGCCUCGCUGACACCAAGAUCUCAGGCCCGCUCCCGGCAUCGCUCGGCCAGCUCCAGAGCCUGGAGACGCUGUCCAUCUACACGACGGCGCUCUCCGGCGCCAUCCCUCCGGAGCUCGGCAACUGCUCCAACCUCACCUACAUCUACCUCUACGAGAACUCGCUCUCAGGCCCGCUGCCGCCGUCGCUCGGCGCGCUGCCGCAGCUGCAGAAGCUGCUGCUGUGGCAGAACGCGCUCACUGGCCCCAUCCCGGAGUCCUUCGGCAACCUCACGUCGCUGGUGUCUCUGGACCUCUCCAUCAACGCCAUCUCCGGCACCAUCCCGGCGUCGCUCGGGCGGCUGUCGGCGCUGCAGGACCUCAUGCUCAGCGACAACAACAUCACCGGCACCAUCCCACCGACUCUCGCCAAUGCCACGUUGCUGAUGCAGCUGCAGCUCGACACCAACGAGAUCUCCGGCCUCAUCCCACCGGAGCUCGGCCGCCUCUACGGCCUGCAGGUUCUCUUCGCGUGGCAGAACCAGCUCGAGGGCGCCAUCCCGGCGACGCUCGCUAACCUCGCGAACCUCCAGGCGCUCGACCUCUCGCACAACCACCUCACCGGCGUCAUGCCGCCGGGACUCUUCCUGCUGCGCAACCUCACCAAGAUGCUGCUCCUGUCCAACGACCUGUCCGGACCGCUGCCGCCCGAGAUCGGCAAGGCGGCCAGCCUCGUGCGGCUGCGGCUCGGCGGCAACCGGAUCGCUGGGUCGAUACCCGCGGCGGUGUCCGGCAUGAAGAGCAUCAACUUCCUCGACCUUGGCAGCAACCGUCUCGCCGGGCUGGUGCCUGCCGAGCUCGGCAACUGCUCGCAGCUACAGAUGCUUGAUCUGAGCAACAACUCCCUGACCGGGCCACUGCCGGAGUCGCUUGCCGCGGUGCACGGCCUGCAGGAGCUCGACGUCUCGCACAACCAGCUCACCGGCGCCGUGCCCGACGCGUUCGGGCGGCUUGAGACGUUGAGCAGGCUGGUGCUCAGCGGCAACUCACUGUCUGGGCCGAUACCGGUGGCGCUCGGGCAAUGCCGCAGCCUUGAGCUCCUCGACCUCAGUGACAAUGAGCUCACCGGGAACAUCCCCGACGAGCUCUGCGGUAUCGACGGGCUCGACAUUGCGCUGAAUUUGAGCCGGAACGGCCUCACUGGGCCGAUACCGGCGAAGAUAUCGGCGCUGAGCAAGCUCUCGGUGCUCGACCUCUCGUACAACGCGCUCGACGGUAGCCUCGCGCCGCUCGCCAGGCUGGACAAUCUUGUCACGCUCAACGUGUCUAACAACAACUUCUCCGGCUACCUCCCCGACACAAAGCUCUUCCGGCAGCUCUCGACUUCCAGUCUCGCCGGCAAUGCCGGGCUCUGCACCAAAGGUGGGGACGUGUGCUUCGUGAGCAUCGACGCCAACGGCCACCCGGUGAUGAACACCGCCGAGGAGGCGCAGCGUGUGCGCCGCCUCAAGCUGGCCAUCGCGCUGCUGGUUACGGCAACGGUGGCAAUGUUGCUCGGCAUGAUCGGCAUACUGAGGGCGCGGCGGAUGGGGAUCGGCGGGAAGAACGGCGACGGCAGCAGCGACUCUGAGGCCGGCGGGGAGCUGGCGUGGCCAUGGCAGUUCACGCCGUUCCAAAAGCUGAGCUUCUCGGUGGAGCAGGUGGUGAGGAACCUCGUGGACGCCAACAUCAUCGGCAAAGGCUGCUCCGGCGUGGUGUACCGCGUGAGCAUCGACACCGGUGAGGUGAUCGCCGUCAAGAAGCUGUGGCCCAACACCCACGCGGCGACGGCAGCGUGUAAGGACGAUGGCACGAGCGGCCGCGUCCGCGACUCGUUCUCAGCGGAGGUGCGCACGCUGGGCUCCAUCCGGCACAAGAACAUCGUGCGGUUCCUCGGCUGCUGCUGGAACAAGAGCACCCGGCUCCUCAUGUACGACUACAUGGCCAACGGCAGCCUCGGCGCGGUGCUCCACGAGCGCCGCGGCGGCGGCGCGCAGCUGGAGUGGGACGUCCGGUACCGCAUCGUGCUCGGCGCCGCGCAGGGGCUCGCGUACCUGCACCACGACUGCGUGCCGCCGAUCGUCCACCGCGACAUCAAGGCAAACAACAUCCUCAUCGGCCUCGACUUCGAGGCCUACAUCGCCGACUUCGGCCUCGCCAAGCUCGUCGAGGAUGGCGACUUUGGGCGGUCGUCCAACACUGUCGCCGGCUCCUAUGGCUACAUUGCCCCUGAGUACGGGUACAUGACGAAGAUCACAGAGAAGAGCGACGUCUACAGCUACGGCGUGGUGGUGCUGGAGGUCCUGACCGGCAAGCAGCCGAUCGACCCCACGAUCCCUGCCGGCCUUCACGUGGUCGACUGGGUGCGCCGGUGCAAGGGAGGCGUGGACAUUCUCGACCCGGCCCUCCAGGGCCGGUCCAGCUCGGAGGUGGAGGAGAUGCUGCAGGUCAUGGGCGUCGCGCUGCUUUGCGUGAGCCCGACGCCCGACGACCGGCCGACGAUGAAGGACGUCGCGGCGAUGCUCAAGGAGAUCCGGCUUGAGCGCGAGGACUUCGCCAACGUGGAUGUCCUCCUCAAGGGAGGCUCAUCGCCUCCUCACGCUCCCACGGCAAUAGCAGCCAAGACGACCGCCGCAUCGUCGACGUCGAGCACGCCGCCGUACCGGCAAGGCCCGAGCAACAGCCACAGCAACAGCUGCAGCAGCAGCAGCUUGUCUGCCAUCUACUCCUCAUCCAAGGCCAAGUCACCCUUUGGCUGAACUGAUCCAGGCAGGGCGGCAAACUGAGGAUGCAUGUCAAACUGUCAGCAGAUGAACAAUGUUUCUAGCUUGUGAUCUUGACUUGUAUUUUGUGUUUGAGCUGUGUAAAUGAAAGGGAAGGCAUCUGUUUUUUUUUCUCCUUUUUUUUGGAGGACUUAGGAUUAGACCUUGAAGAGAAGGCUUGAUGCCUUUCUUGAAGAGUGUUCAGUUUUAUGUCUGUUUGAAUAAAGAUGAUAAUUUGGUUGCAUGCCCAUGCAGUGUCGAUGUGCAAAGAUUUCCUGGCUGGUGUUCAGUGUAGUGCAUGCAGUGUUUGCAAUGCUUCAGCAUCAGAAACUUGAUGUAAAAUGACAAGAGUGGCGAUUGCAUUUGUUCGGAGAUGCAGGCUUGCAGUGAGAAAUGUAAGUACAUUUCUAUCUCAGCUCACUUUUUCCUGAUAAAUUAUUCAGUUUGUGGAUUUAGAAUUUCCAGAGAAAAUGGCUGCGCAGGUUUAAUGUUGAAUGCACAAAAAAG